CUGGAUCUUGUUCGGGUAUUAUAUAAUGGAAGCUGCAGUGCCCCUUCUCAGUUCUCACCAUCUACGCCCACAUUUUACCAUCUCAUUCUCAUACUUGCUUAAUUAACAGGGUCUCGCUCGAAAAUGGAGAACAGCUGCAGAAGGUCGCCAUCAUCUGUAGCACUGGCAAUAGCGUUAGUGGCAAUGAUGUCGGCCGGCUUCCUCGUCGGGCAAUCCACGGCGGCUUCUUUCACCAUUUGCUACAGGAACUGCUUCCUUCUGUGCGCCAUUACCGGUAACUCUCUCGGCUCUUGCGCCGGAGACUGCUUGAAAGACUGCAUCCUCCAGCCGCCGUCGUCGUUGCCGCCGAAACCUUCUUCUGUUUCGAACAUGGGAGAAGACAUGAAGAAACCCGCAUCCCAUCGCCAAAACUUGUACUUCUGCAAGCUCGGCUGUGCAUUCUCCCUCUGCUCCAACUUCAGCUCCCGCGCUACUGACCCUAGAGAAGAGAAAGUGGCGGCUUGUGUGGAUUCUUGCUCGACCAAGUGUACCGUCCGCAGUUAAUUUCUCUGACGUCGUCAUUCGAAUGAGUGGUUGGUUAAUAUUUCGAAAAUUUGAAGGUUGUUGAUUGUUUGGAGAGAGGUUGCAUAUGUUUUUUUCCAAAGAAGAUGGGAUAGAUCUUUGAAUAUUUCAAGAUUCUAGUUCUAUGUGUUUCAGUUAUCAGUUAGCUUCUGGUCUCUAGAAACUUGAUAUCGAACCAUUAUUUUUCUUGUAAUGCUAAAUUUACUGAUAUCUAGCGUUCAAAGAAAACGAAAUUACGAGUAGCGCGAUCUAAUGAAGUUAGCAUCAUGGA